ACCCCCCCGCAAGUCGUAAAAGUGAGCAUGCCACGCAUGCCCGCACCGCUCGCCGCCACGCUCGCCGCACAGAGAUGCUGCUCGCAUACACGUCAUGCCGCCGGGUGGUCUUGAGGGCCGGUCGAGGCUGGCCAGCGAGAAGGACUGCUCUCGCGGCAUGCACCUCGCACCCGGCACCCCGUUAGAUAGCGCAGAGCAGCGCUCGGCGUCGGCGCAGCGGCGGUGGAGCGAUAUGCUGUCGACAGUCUGGUCAGUCGCUGACGCACGGCGCUUGUUCUCGCUCUUGCAGAUGGGUCGCCGUCCCGCUCGUUGCUACCGCUACUGCAAGAACAAGCCGUUCCCCAAGUCGCGCUACAACCGUGGUGUGCCGGACCCGAAGAUCCGCAUCUACGAUCUCGGCCGCAAGAAGGCCUCGGUCGACGACUUCCCCUUCUGCGCGCACAUGGUGUGCGACGAGCACCAGCAGAUCACGUCUGAGGCGCUCGAGGCUGCCCGUAUUUGCGCCAACAAGUACAUCACCAAGACGUCGGGCAAGGACUCGUUCCACCUGCGCGUCCGCGUCCACCCCUUCCACGUCAUCCGCAUCAACAAGAUGCUGUCCUGCGCCGGUGCUGAUAGACUUCAGACCGGUAUGCGUGGCGCCUACGGCAAGCCGUACGACACGGUCGCCCGUGUCGACAUCGGCCAGGUCCUCCUGUCGGUGCGCACGCGUGACUCGAACCGCGCCGUCGUCAUCGAGGCGCUGCGCCGCUCGCGCUACAAGUUCGCCGGCCGCCAGAAGAUCAUCAUCUCGAAGCGCCACGGCUUCACCAACAUGAUGCGCUCCGAGUACCAGCAGGCCAAGGCCGACAACCGCAUCCUCAAGGACGGCUGCUACCUGCAGUACAUCAACAACCACGGCCCCCUCGAGAAGAACCUGCGCCUGCAGGCCCGCAUUGCCGCGCAGAAGUAAAACGCACGCACGCUCUCCCGUGUGCGCGGUCCAUCCCACUUCUCGUUCUCUAGCUCGGCAUCACAUGUACACUUUCUUGGCCAUCACCCUCACCCGGGACUGCCGUGCGCGUCGACCGCAAUGCAGCUCCUAACAGCAGAUGGCGUCUGACGUCCGUGCGAGGCAGCUAUAGCAUUAGAGCAGCAGAAGCAGGGGCGAGUGGCAGCACCGAGAGAGAAAGACACU